UAACCUGUGGUAUGAGAAACAUUAACACUGAUGAGCAAAACAUAUAUAUAUAUUUUUUAUAAAAAGGGAUAAUGAAGAAAAAGACUAACCAGGUGUGGCUUUCCAUGUAGGAAGAGAAGUGGGAAAGAAUUGCUAAAUCUUUUAGCUUCAAUACUACAUCAUGAUAUUGGCUCUCUCUGUUAUCAUGCUGCUUUUUGAAGCAGGAGUGUCCUCAUCCUCCUCAGGCUUGGAGAAUCAGAUCUUCCAAUACAUUGAUCUUCAUCAAAAUGAAUUUAUUCAGACCCUUAAGGAAUGGGUAGCAGUGGAAAGUGAUUCUAUUCAGCCAGAGCGAAGACAAAAUGUAACACAAAUGGUGGAAUUAACAGCAGACAGGCUUCGAGCUAUGGGAGCCACUGUUGAGUUAGUGAAGUUGUGCUCCCACAAGCCUGAUGUCCAGAGCCUUCUGUUGCCUCCUCUAAUUCUAGCAGAACUUGGUAAAGAUCCACAAAAACCCACUGUAUGUUUCUAUGGACAUGUGGAUGUACAACCUGCCAAAAAAGAAGAUGGAUGGAAAACUGACCCCUACAACCUGACUGAAAUUGAUGGAAAUCUUUAUGGGCGUGGAGCAACAGAUAACAAAGGACCUGUCUUGGCCUGGAUAAAUGCAGUGGAAUCAUUCAGAGCACUAAAAUUAGACACACCAGUAAACCACAAGUUCAUUAUUGAAGGUAUGGAAGAAGCAGGAUCUCUUGGACUAGAGGAAAUAAUUAAAGAAAAUCAGCGUUUUUUCUCUGAUGUUGACUAUAUUGUGAUUUCGGAUAACCUUUGGCUUAGCAACAGGAAACCAGCCCUCACGUAUGGGACUCGGGGAAACAUCUGCUUCUCUGUGGAGGUACAGUGUGGGGAGAGAGAUCUUCAUUCAGGAAGUUUUGGAGGCAUCAUUCAUGAACCAAUGACUGAUCUAAUAGCUCUGCUUGAUAGCCUUGUGGAUACAUCAGGUCGUAUUUUGAUCCCUGGAGUCUAUGAUGAUGUUGCUUCCCUUACGGAAGAGGAGAAGAAGUUGUAUGAAGCAAUUGAAUUUGAUCUAGAGGAAUAUAAGAAUAAUACUGGUGUGAAAAAAUUCCUAUAUGACACUAAGGAGGAAAUACUUAGUCACCUGUGGCGUUACCCCUCUCUCUCUAUUCAUGGGAUUGAAGGAGCUUUUCACGAACCAGGAAUAAAAACAGCUAUACCUGCAAAAGUAAUAGGAAAAUUUUCAAUCCGGCAAGUCCCUCACAUGGACAUUUCAAUCGUAAAACGUCAGGUGAUAAAAUAUUUAGAGGAUGUUUUCUCUAAGAGAAACAGCCCAAACAAACUGAAGGUGUCUGUGCCAAUAAGUGCAAUGCCAUGGGUUGCUGACAUAAAUGAUCCUCUUUAUACAGCAGCAAGAACGGCAAUCAAAACAGUUUUUGGACAAGAUCCAGAAAUGAUCCGGGAUGGCGCAACAAUUCCUAUUGCCCAAAUGUUGCAGAAUAUAACAAGGAAGAGUGUGAUGAUGCUUCCAAUUGGAGCAGCUGAUGAUGGGGAGCAUUCCCAAAAAGAGAAAAUAAGCAGGUACAAUUACAUUCAAGGAACAAAACUGUUUGCAACCCUUUUCUUGGAGAUUGCAAAACUUCAUGGACAGUUACAGGAAGCCUCCAACACGACAACUGCAAACUGAUGGAUCCUGGGAAGACAAUAAGCUAUACACCUGCCUAUUGUCUUAAAUAUUCUAAUCUCCUUCUUUAUUACUCUGGAGAAACAUGUACAAACAAUAAAAUAUUUAGAUGUGCACCGCAUGUCUGAAACUGUUGAAAAAUUAAA